ACGAAAAUUCUAUCGAUGGCAGUUAGACAGCAAAAUAAGUAAAAAUGGCGGUCACCAUGGAUUCUGUACGUGAAAAAGCUCUUCAAGAUUAUCGAAAAAAAUUAUUGGAACACAAAGAAGUUGAAUCGCGUCUCAAGGAAAUGAGAGAACACCUUAAGGAUCUGACAAAACAAUAUGAUAAGUCUGAAAAUGAUUUAAAGGCAUUGCAAAGUGUUGGACAGAUUGUUGGAGAAGUGCUAAAACAACUUACAGAGGAAAAGUGUAAAUAUAUACAUAUAUACAUAAACAUAUGUUCGGAAGGAACAAGCGCUGAUCGAGAAAUUCAGAGAACUUUAAUGGAAUUAUUGAAUCAGAUGGAUGGAUUUGAUUCUUUGGGCCAAGUUAAAAUGAUAAUGGCUACAAAUAGGCCUGAUACCUUGGAUCCCGCAUUACUACGACCAGGUAGAUUGGAUAGAAAGAUCGAAAUACCGUUACCUAAUGAACAAGCACGUUUAGAGAUUCUAAAGAUACAUGCCUUGCCAAUUGCUAAACAUGGUGAAAUCGAUUAUGAGGCAGUAGUUAAACUUUCGGACGGAUUCAACGGAGCUGAUUUAAGAAAUGUAUGCACAGAGGCCGGUCUGUUUGCAAUACGAUUAGAAAGAGAAUAUGUAAUACAAGAAGAUUUUAUGAAAGCUGUCAGAAAAGUUUCUGACAAUAAGAAACUCGAAUCUAAACUGGAUUAUAAACCUGUAUAAUUCGACAUAAUACUGUGUUAUUAUUUUGUAUUUUAAAAAUAACAUUAGAUAUCCAUUAAUUUUUCUAUGAUCCAAAUUUGGAUCAUUCAUUAUUGUCUUGGUAUAAUUACUUUUAUUUUCUACAAUGAAAUUAUUUCUAUAAAAGUUUAUUCAGCAUUAACAUUAACGAAUUACAUGAUACAAUUGAUAAUAUCAAUUGAUUCUAAUAUCAUUGAUGUAUAGAAUAAAAUAUAGACUUUUAUUUAUCC